AUGGCUACCCUAUCUUCCAAUUGGAAAAAGCUCCAGGCAAAGCUGAAGGCCGAUUCAGAGGCCAAGCCCGGUGUGAAACGCAAGGCAGACGACGACAUAACCUCCUCUUCCGCUCCCGACAAGGCCAAGAAGUUAAAAAGAAGUACUGCCACCAGCAGCAAUUCAAACGUUACGGCGAACAAGGGCCCGCGGGAAUCCAAACUCGGGAAAUCAAAGGGCAUUGGCAGCAAGAUGGGCGCCGCUCAGAGCAAGAUCGCCCAGGGUGACCACAAGCACGGCGUCAGCCCCUCGGCCGCUGUCUGGGCCGCCGGCAACGACAUAUCUCCAGAGGCGCUCGCUGAGGCGUACCAGCUGGGUUCGCGGGACAGCUCCAUGGUGCUGUCAGCGCAGCAUGAUGAGAUCAACCGGGGCCUGACGCCCGGGCUCGAGCUGGGCAAGUACGUUGCCAUGGACUGCGAGAUGGUCGGCGUCGGCCCCGGCGGAUACGAGUCGGCGCUCGCGCGCGUCAGCAUCGUUGAUUUUCACGGGCGGCAGGUCUACGACUCGUACGUGCGGCCGCGCGAAAAGGUGACGGACUGGCGCACGCCCGUGAGCGGCGUCUCGCCGCGCGAGAUGCGCAACGCGCGCGACUUUGCGACUGUGCAGCGCGACGUGGCCGGCCUCCUCGACGGCCGCGUGCUCGUCGGCCACGACGUCCGCCACGACCUGGACGCGCUCGAGCUGAGCCACCCGCUGCGCGACAUUCGCGACACGGCCAAGCACCCCGGCUUCCGGCGGCACGCAAACGGGCGCAGGCCAGCGUUGCGCGUGCUGGCGCAGACGCUGCUGCGCGUCGAAAUCCAGGGCAGCGCGCACUCGAGCUUGGAGGACGCGCGCGUGACGAUGCUGCUGUUUCGCAGGAACAAGUCCGAGUUUGACGUAGAUCACGCCAAUCGGUUUGCGCCGAGGCCGACGGCGGCGAUAGCAGGCAGUGCAAACACGAAAAAGGCGAAGAAGAAGAAGAAGCGGUAG